CGCGCAUGCUCUAAUUCUACAGACGAUGCUUUAGCCGGAAGACAACUCAAAAGAGCCUCAACGUAUAUUUUUCAGAUUCACAAAAAAUGCUUUUAGAAAUUUUCAAGUGAUCACAUUAGCAAAUAUCGUUUUAUCCAUUAAGUAAAAUCAUAGGAGCGACUCAAUGAAGAAACAACGUAAGCAUUAGUCAAAGGCCCAAAGGUUGCGGAGCAACAGCUCUAACGUUUCAUAGCGUUUCCAGUAAAGGGGAGAAGACGCCUGGAGCUGACGGAGGUUUUAGAGACAGUGAAUCAUGAGAUUAACAGGGCCCCUGAGAGUUGUGGCUGUGCUGCUGUUGGUGGGUCUCACUUGGCUGCUGGCAAUCACAUUUUUCGGAGGGGAUAGUUCAUCUGUGCGGCAUUUCUUCACCGGUUCAAAUGAUGAACCUACUCCAGAACCUCGUCCCCGACGGUAUAAAUGUGGACUUUCAGCUCCCUGUCCCCCCAAACAUUUGGCUUUCCGUCUGGUCUCUGGUGCUGCCAACGUCAUUGGCCCUAAAAUCUGUUUGGAGGAUAAGAUGUUAGUGAGCAGUGUGAAAAACAACGUUGGCAGAGGGCUGAACAUCGCUUUGGUGAACGGAGUGACAGGAGAGCUCUUGGAGGCAAAGAGCUUUGAUAUGUGGGCGGGAGAUGUUUCUGACCUCUUGAAGUUUCUUCGUCCUCUCCAUGAAGGAACACUCGUGUUCGUGGCUUCCUUUGAUGAUCCAGCUACAAAGCUCAACGAUGAGGCCCGGCGCAUGUUUGAGGAGCUUGGAAGCACCAUAGUGAAGGAGCUGGCCUUUAGAGACAGCUGGGUCUUUGUUGGAGCCAAGGGUAUUGAGAAUAAGAGUCCCUUUGAGCAGCGGAUGAAGAAUAGCAAAAGCAACAACAAGUAUGAAGGUUGGCCCGAGUCUCUGGAGAUGGAUGGAUGUAUUCCCCUGCGGCCUCCGCUGGAAGCGUAAAUCCCAUAACUGCCCCGUUCUCCUUUACAUCCGACUGAAUGGACCACGAAGGGUCCAAAUGACUGUCAGAAAGCCAAGGAUCUGCUGAACUACAGGAUUCAUCCAAAGCCACAUCUGACCAUUUGGUUUCUGUCACAUGGCACCAUAUGAGCUUGUGAGAUACCAUAUUUCAAACUGCUGCAGUUCUGUUAUGGAAGAUUUAUUCAUUAAGCGUUAUGAGCAAGUAGUACAAAGAAGGGACAAGUUGUUUCAGAGUAAGUAAAAAUGUAAGAGAUGACACAUUUAAUGACCAAAGUGUAAAAGUAACUAGUGACUUAAAGCAGAAGAAGCAGGGCUUUUUUUGUCUAUUUGAGCCAGUUUUAAAGAUCUUUGUUGGGGACUUUGUCUAGCAGACAAAACACCCCUUUCACUCUAAGACAUUGAGAACUCUAAUCCAUGUUAGCACCAAGAAAUGAUGUGUUUGACUAUAACAGUUUACUAGUUCUGUGGGCUGGUUUCAUAUUUUAAUAUAUUUUCAUCUUGUGAUAUACACGUUGCUGUGAUUACUAUAACUUGAGUGACUUGCCAUUGUUUCCUAGAAGCCUAACACACAGGAGUAAUUUGCUUGUCAUAUGUUUACAGAUUUCUUUAGACACGUUUAGCUUAGAUGUUUUUAUCUUUGGUGAAAUAAUUUAUUCUAAUAAAAACACACACGCACAUUAAUUCUGUGGCCUCAUCAUAAUGCUGCACAUGGUUGACAAGCAUUUCUCAGCUCAGUACCUUGUCUCAAUCUAAUGUGAGGUCCUGUGUACUAGGUUUGGAAAUGCUGAAUGCAACACAAACCUGCAAAUGACAAGAGUAGAGAGAACAGAGAUUAUUGUAGGGUAUGACAUCUAUGUUAGCUGCUGUGUCUAGGUAAUAUUGCCUCUAAAUGACAGGAUUUUUAUACAAGGCGUCGUUGUGUGCGUUUAUAUUGUGACUACGCAGAUAUAUAUGAAUAAAAAUUUACAAUAUCUUUG